GGGCCCAGCUGUGCUUAUUUUACAUAAUUCUAAUUAUCGAGUGAAAAACGAAUACUAGAAAUAUACACUCUGAAGUGGGUUUGUUUGUUUAGGGCUCACGAAAGGCGUGAUCCAGCCUGGCUGGGGUGCUCUAGCCCCACAGGCAGCAAGAGUGGCUUUAAACCUUGGCUUCCUUUUGCUGCUCAGUCCCACUCUCCUGCCCUUUCUUGCCCAAACUUGCACUUUAUUCAGCUAAGCCCCGGGCUGAGCACCAAGCCGGGCCCUAGCAGAUGUGCAGAGCGUUAAGCGGUUCGGGAGGAAGGAUGCGAAGGAUUAGGGCUGGCAGCUGCCGGGGCUGGGCUGGGUGCUUAGACAUGGGAGGUGGGGGGAGAAGCAGAUGCGUUUACACCCUCCCCCAGGUCCCAGGCAAGGAUCAGCAAGGACAGAGACGAGAGGAGAGGAGGGGCCCCACACCCCCAAGCCUCGCCAGGGAGAGACACGUGCUCCCCCGCGCGGCGCCGGCUCCCCCCUGCGCGGCGCGAAUCCUGACUAGCCAGCGAGCCCUUCUCGGCACCGAUCCAGAUCGUCCCGCCCUCCCCGCGCUUGCUCGGAGCCCCCGGGCCGGGCCGGGCCGGGCCGGGCGCCCCCGCCGCCGCUUACCUGGCGGGCGGGAUGGCCAAGCCGCGCGGGGCGCCGUACGAGUACACGGAGGCGGAGGACAAGAGCAUCCGGCUUGGCUUGUUCCUCAUCGUGUCGGGCGUCGUGGCGCUCUUCGUGCUGGGAUUCUGCUGGCUGAGCCCGGCGCUGCGCGAGCUGCAGGGGCAGGCGGCGCGCUGCACGGUGCUGUCGGUGCAGCAGCCCGGCGAGCUCUUCGAGUGCACCUUCUCGUGUGGCGCCGCCUGCCGCGGCACUGCGCUCUACCCCUGCCUCCAGGUCUAUGUCAGCCACUCCGCCUCGGCCGCCCGCGCCCUGCUGCACCACGACGAGCACCAGCUGCUCGCCAACCCCAAGUGUUCAUUCAUUCCUCCCUGUGCAAGAGAAAAUCAGAAGAACUCUGAAAUUGUUGCACACUGGCAGGAGUACUGGAAAGAGGAAGUUGGUUCACAGCCAUUUACAUGCUAUUUUAACCAGCAUCUAAGCAGGAAUGUUGGAUGCGAGUCACAGAACUGUUUCCUCCAUUCUGUUCUGCACUGCUGAGAUCCCAAUUGUGUCUAGUUUGGGCACCACAGUUUAAGAAGAAUAUGGACAACCUUCAAAGAGUCCAGAGGAGAACAACAAAAGUCACCAGUGGCUUAGGAAACAUAAGAAAAAGGCUGAAAGAAUUUGGAUUAUUUUGCCUAGAAAAGAGAAAAGUGAAUGGAGAUGCAAUAAGUCUUCAGAUGUGAAAAGGCUAGUCAACAAAGAAGAAGGCGAUCAGUUGUUUUGUAUGUCCCCUGAGAAUGUCUCAAUUUAAGCCUACUUUUCUUCCUGUAAAGUUAAUAUGAAGAACUUCUAACUGAGGGUGAUUAAACACUGGAAUCUAGAGGUGCUGUGGAAUCUCCACCAUUGGAAAUGUUUGAAUGCAAAUUAUACAAACAUCUAUCUGGGGUGGUUUAGAUAGAAGAUGAUCCAUUUUGAAUACGGGGUUGGACAAGAGAACCUCUCAAGGUCCUUUCCAUUCCUGUUUUUGUAUGAUUCUGUCAUUGCUAAUCAUGCACAGGUGUCUAGUGCAGACAAAGCAGGAAAGAUGGAGGUGUUGGUGAAAGGAGUGGUAGUUUACACAGACCCUGCUGACACCAUGCACCUGUUACCCGUUUUCCAUGUCCAACAUUUAUAAUUCUCUCCAUAGCUUCCCUGUGCAGUGGGAUUGCAGAUAAGAACUAUGAUGGAAGUUUUAAUUACAUUUUACUGUAAUGAUUUGACACAGAUAUCUUGGAGUAUUGGAACAUUGUAUUACAUUUUCAUUUUACUGAUGUUAAAUCCUCCCCCGAUUUUACACAGUACUAUCUUUCACAGUCUGAUGUGAUUACGAGUUCUAGAAAGCCUAAAAUCCCAGAUCAUUUUUAUCUGAAUGAAUUUUUGUCCAUAAGACACUGCAGGCAAAAUACCCGGGUGGCCUGCUAUGAAUUUUGAUGAGAUAUUUGCAAAUUAAAAUGAUGAAUGAAAUGGAAUGAUCCACUUAGUCAUUUUCUAACAGUGUUGAAAAUAAAAUGCCAUUAUUGUUAUCAUGUCAGAUGCCUUCACUGAUGACAAAUUAAUGCUGGUUUGUUUGGUGUGUGUAUUUUUCCCUCUCCCCAUUCUCCCUGCCUUCUUUACAGACCAGAAGAUGUUCUGCUUAGGCGCACCCAUGAUGAGAUGGUCCUCUUGCACUGCUUCCUCUGGCCUCUGGUAACUUUCC